CCUUCCCGGUUGGAGAGGCAGCGAGGGAUGCAGCAGCGAUGGAACCCGGCUUCCUUUUUUAAAAGAAUCAGCGUGAGGGAAGGGAGCAGCGCUGCGUUAUUUUAGGGAGGCCUUGUCGCACUCCCCCUCCCGCGUGUAGGUAGCGUCUGGGAUGUGUGCGGGCCCCAUGGAGAGACGCUGGCGGUGGCUGCGGUGGCAGCUGGGGCUCCUACCGCGGCUGCAGCCGUUAGUAACCCGACCCCGCCGGCGCGGGGAUUGAAGACGCGCAGGGGAGAGCGGCGAGCUGCGAACAAAAGCCCUCCGCGCGGGGCCGGAGCCCGGAACGUGUGAGACUCCACAAAAGGACAGGGCUCAGCCAUGGUGGACCCUGUGCCGGAAGAGGAGAAGGAGGGAGCCGAGCCUGAAGGUUCGGGAGGGGACGGCGCCGCCGCGUCCGUGCCCCCUGACGCCCAGGGCGCCCAGCAGCCCGCCGCCUCCUCGGCUUCGGCCUCCGCGGCGGCGCCCCGCAAGGCUGAAGUCCCGAGCGUAGCGGAAGAAGGCGGGCGGCGGGAGCAGUCUCCACUGCUGCAUCUCGACCUCUUCAACUUCGACUGUCCGGAGGCCGAGGGCAGCCGCUACGUGCUGACCAGCCCUCGCUCGCUGGAGGCCUGCGCUCGCUGCGCCGUCAAGCCAGUGGAGCUGCUGCCAAGGGCCCUGGCCGACCUGGUGCGCGAGGCCCCGGGCCGCUCCAUGAGAGUGGCCACCGGCCUGUACGAGGCCUACGAAGCGGAGCGACGCGCCAAGCUGCAGCAGUGCCGGGCCGAGCGCGAGCGCAUAGUGCGCGAGGAGAAACGGCGCCUCUUCACGCCACUGGGCCAGGCGGCCGUCGCCGCCUCGGGCGCCAGCGCGGGCGGCAGCAGCAGCAGCUGCAGCAGCGCCAGCCUCCCGGCCUCGCCCGCGCCGCGUGCCGCCCGCAAGGCCUCCUCCAGCCCGUCCCCUGCUCGGACGCAACCUCCGCCCGCGGGUUCGCGGGCAGGUAGGAAGAGCCACUCGCUAGACUCGCUGUCCCGCCGGCGCGAGGGCGCCCUCAGCUCCGAGUCCGGCGCGUCGUCGUCGUCCUACAGCGGGGAGAGCCUGCGGGAGCUGCGCUGGCCUCCGCGGGCCUCGGCCAGGAACAGCUGCCCAGCGGGCUCCGCGUCCUCCGCCCCCAACCCUCUGGGCCGCCCAUCUGCCCUGGCCCUGGUGCCGCUCACCGGCCGCAGCUUCAGCCUGGGCGACCUGAGCCACUCGCCGCAGACGGCUCAGCACGUGGAGCGCAUAGUGCGCCAAGUGCGCGCCGAGCGGGGCCUGCGGGGAGUGCCGGAGCGCGACCGCAAGAUCGCGGCGCUGAUGCUGGCGCGCCACCAGGAGGAGCGCCUGCUGCUGGAGCAGCGCGCCGCGGCCCACGGCCAGUGGGAGCAGCAGCGCGUGCGCGCUGAGCAGCGGCGGGAACGCGAGGAGCGGGAGAAGCAGCGCGCGCUGGAGCAGGGCCGCCGGGCCUGGGCGGCGCAGGUGGAGGAGCGGCGCGGCCGCCGGGGGCGCGAGGAGCUCGAGGCGGCGCGACGACGGCAGCGGCAGUGCGAGCGCAGCGAGGAGCGGCGGCGGGAGCUGGCGGAGCGCCAGGGCCUGCUGCGGCGGGAGCGGGCGGAGCGCGCGGCCCGGGAGGAUAGGCUGCGCAAGCUGCAGCAGGAACAGAACCUGAAGCAGCGGGAGGAGGGCCUGCAGGAAGGGCGCGAGCGGGCCGAACAGGCCCGCCGGGAGCGCGCCCAGCGAGCGGCCCGCACUAAGCAGCGGCAGGAGGGCCAGCUGCAGCGGGAGAAGCGGGAGCUGAGCCGGGCCGAGCGGGCGCGCCACGAGGCGCUGCUGCAAGGCCGGGCCCGGCAGGAGCGCGCGGAGCGAGAGGGCCUGCGGAGCUCCCUGGAGGCCAGCUUGGGGCGCGCGCAGGAGAACUACGAGCAGCUGGUGGAGCAGCGCGCCCGCGAGCUGCGGGAGCGGGCCCGGCGGGAGGAGCUGCAGGGCCGACGGGCUAAGGAGGCGGCCGAGCGCAAAGAGCGCGAGCACCAGGCGCACCUGGAGGCGCUGGCCCGGGCCGGAGAGCGGCGGCUGCAACACGCGGCGCAGGCGGCCGAGGAAGCGGUGCAGCAGAAGGCGCGGCGUGUGGGCCAGAGUCGGUUGGAAAAGGAGCGGGCCCAGCGCGCCAAUAAGGAGAAGGUGGAGAGGGACGAAGACUGCCGCCGGCGGGAGCUACUGCAGGCCAUCGGGCGCAAGCUGGAGCGCAGCGAGCAGCUGUCUCGGGAGCGGAGGAGCGCGCUGGAGAGCGCCCGCUCCACAGCCCGGGCCUCCUUCCACGUGCGGGAGAAGGUGCGCGAGGAAACCAACACGCGCUCCUUUGACCGCAUGGUGCGGGAAGCCCAGCUGCACGCCAACCUGGACCGCAAAUGACCGCCACCCCUGGCUGGCCAGCCUGCCACACUCAGCCCUGGGCGGCCUCCCUUGGCCUUUAUGACCAGACCGUGGAAGUCCCCCGUCGGGGCUCAGCACAGUGGCCUCGCCAGGCUUCCGAUCAGAGAGGCAUUGAGAGGACAGAUAGGAGACCUGACAGCCCCACCGCCUUUUUAAAAACGGACUUUGUUUGGAAAUGACAGAGCACAAUCUUUGACCACAUCCACCCUUGGUGGCUCCCGCAGCUACCCUUGCCAAGCUUCCCCAUGUGUCUUUGGGAUUGGAAUAGAAAAAGAGUUGGGGAGAAAGAGGCUGGGUCGGGCCUGCAGGGAGGGCCCCCCUGGGAGUGACCGCCCCUUCUGCAGCAGUGAGCCCAGGCACCUGUCGCACAUUGGUGUCUGAGGUGACAGCGGAGGAGGCAUCCCCUCGGCUCGCCUCCAUCUUUUUAAAUCUGGCAAGUUGCACAAAGCGUGGAGGCCACGCAGAAAAGCACAGCUCUUCCAGCGAGUUAGGCCACACCAAGUGACCCCAAAAGCGAUGGGUUCUUUGUAUGCUUGACUUUUAAUCUGCCACUUGAGCAAAUUCUGAUCUUAGUUCUGGUAGUUUUUUGGUUGAUUCCCCUUGGCUUUCUAGUUAGACAAUCAUCUGCAAAUUUAUGAUUCAUUUGUGUCUUCUUUUCUCUCUCUCUCUCUCUCUUCUUAUUCUUCCAAGGGACACAAGAAAUGUGUUGCUGGUUGGCUUGGUGACGCUGUUUUGGCUUUAGUGGAAGCCCCCAGCCCCGGGGGAGAUGAGUUCCCUAGGCAGCAGUGUUCCACCAAAUGAUGCUUUCUUGCAGGGUAGUUUCAGGGGAGGCAGCGGUCUGACGCCCACCUCCCAACGUGGAUGUGAGCCCAUUCCUCGAAAGACAGCAGCCAUGCCUUAAGAAGCAGAGCUACCUUAUGUGCCUGCCCAGGCCAAUCCUGCCUCAAUCUCCAGCCCUGGAUGCAGCCCCAAGGGUGGGUGCAGCGAGUCUGGAGCUAGGAUUUCCUCUGCGGAGGAAUCCUCACAGCUGCUCAGAGGGUGAUCUCCUGGGGUGGCUGGGAUCCUGCCGCUUUGCUGUUGAGAGUUGUGUUUGCUAUUGUUGGUGGUAUGUUUCCCCCUCGUCCUCCCCCACAGAAGAAAAAGAGAAUGUCCCCUCACCCACCCCCCCCUUAAGUUCCUGGUUCUCUCUCACUUGUGACUUAAAGUGUUUAAUCAGUCUCUCCGUGCCUCACCUUUCCCAUUGGCCAGAUGGGGCCAUCAGUACUCUUUUCCAGGUACCUCAAGGUCUUCCGGACCCAAAGCACCGCCUCAGUAUUAUUUGUUGGUCUUCUUUGUGCCUUUCUUGACCUGGAGUAGGGAGGCAGGAGGGCUGCUGUUGGCCUAGCUGGUUUCUGGGAAUAUGGAUUCCUGGUGUCGGAGGGGGCCAGGCGCGUCAGGACAGAUGAUCAUUUAGCUUCUGGGGGAAAAUACUUGCAAGUCUAACAAAUUCCCAUUCAGUUGUCUUCAGCCUACUUUAACCCUUAGAGUGCUUCCUUUCCAUGAAGCCGAAAUCAGCCGCCGGCCAUAUCUACCCAUUGACUCUUGCCUUCAUCACAGAAAACAUUACUUUUUUCAUUAAAUCGGGACCAGGAAAUAAAAGUUACCAAAAAACCAAAAACAAACAAAAGCAAGAAACAGGGUAGAGAACUACUAUAUUGGACAUAUUUCGUGUAUAUUCUGCUGGGCAGAAUUGUCCCUAAAAUGUCUGAUAUUACAUACACACAUAUACACACACUCCGUCUGUACCCCACCCCACCCCCAACUGCAUGCCAGCAGAUACAAAAGCAUUGUGUAGAAGGGAGCAGUACUUGUGUGUUACACUUCAGGUGUAACACCGGGAAGAGAGCUGUGCCAAGGUUUAUUUCUGGUAGGGGUGGAUUUUUCCCUCAAAUUUUCUUGUCGGUAACCAGGUUAUCAGUAGCUAGCUAUAACAAUUGGCAUUGUCUGUGAGUCAGGGGCAUUUAACUAAAGGGUUAACUGGAUACUUACUGGUUCUUACCUUGUGGCCCCUGAUUUCCUAGAGAGCCUUUGAAACCUUAAUAGAAAGUUCCACCUAAAACUCCUUUCUUCUCAAGUAUGUACAUUCACUCGAGAAGGACACAGUCUGGUUUUGUGGAUGAGACACUGAAAGGUACACAGGCGAUCUUACCUCGCCCUUUGUUCAGUUUGUUUUCCAACUUACUGAGUGACUUUGGGUAGAUCAUCUCUCUGUGCCUUGGUUUCCCCACCUGUGGAGAGGGGGUCGUGUCUUUGGCCCUCCUCAGCACUGUGAAGAUGAAUCAGAGUCAAAGCGGUCUCUCAGUUCUAUGACUUUAGAAGUGCAGGGGCAAUUGCCGUAAACAGAAAGGAUCCUCUGACUGUACCGUGCCCAGAGAGUACAAUGUACUGUUGCGAUCUGGGGCAGAAAAGAAUGGUCUCAAAAGCCCCAUUACAGCUAACUGGAAUUUAAAUAAAAACUUUAAGAAAAUAAAGAGUCCUUCAAGAAAAAAAAAAAAAAA